AUGCCUCGUUUCGCCGGAGUCGAAGUGGGCGGCACCACGUGGGUCGCGGCCAUCUCCGAGGACCACCCGGAGAACAUCCUGGAGAAGUUCGAGGUGGACACGACGACGCCCGACGAGACCAUGGGCGCCGUCGUGGCGUGGCUCAAGGAGCGCAAGUUCGACUCGAUCGGCAUCGCGUCGUUCGGCCCCGUGGACCUCAACAAGAAGUCGCCCACGUACGGCUACAUCACGAGCACGCCCAAGCCCAACUGGGGCAACACGGACGUCGUGGGCCGCGCGUUCCCGGACGUGCCCAUCGGCUUCGACACGGACGUGAACGCGCCGGCGCUGUACGAGGUGGCGUACGGCGGCCACGGCGAUAUCAGCAGCGCCGUGUACAUCACGGUGGGCACGGGCGUCGGCGUCGGCGUGUGCACGAACGGCAGCGCCAUCCACGGCUUCAUGCACCCGGAGGGCGGCCACAUCAUCGUGCCCAAGGCGCCGCAGGACGUCGAGACGGGCUUCAAGGGCGUGUGCCCGUUCCACGGCGACUGCAUCGAGGGCAUGGUGGCCUCGGGCUCCAUCGCCGCGCGCACGGGCGUGGACCGCCGCGAGCUGGCCAACAUCACGGACGACGACCCCGUGUGGGACACGAUCGCGCACUACCUGGCCAACCUGUGCAUCAACGUGACCUUCAUCACGUCCCCGGACGUGAUCGUGAUCGGCGGCGGCAUCGCGCGCCGCGAGAAGCUGUUCGACCUGAUCCGCGAGAAGUUCGUGGCCCGCGUGAACAAGUACGGCCAGCAGCCGCCCGUGGAGAAGUACAUCCGCGCGUCGUUCCACCCGGCCAUCGGCCUCGUGAGCUCGCUGCACCUGGCCCGCCUCGAGCUGGAGGCCGCCCCGUAA